AAGGAGUUCAUAGUUCCAUCAAUGCCACACGGUACUGUGAUAGUGAAGAUAGUUUCCGACACCAACUGCCGAACGAAAGUAAUAGCUAAAUUUUGUACGGAUACAAACGCAACAACUGAGGAAAUUUUCAUCCUGGAGGAUAGUCUUACUUUUGAAAUUAAUUAUCAGUCCAGCUGUUAUUUUCGAUCCGAUGAACCAGUGAUGAUGAUGAUGUAUCUGUCAAUGUCUGACGCUGUAAAAGAUCCCACGAUGACCACAUUACCAGCUAUUGAGACUUACGAGGACAGUUACCGGUUCUAUACCCCACCAACAAAAAGGAACAGCUCUGCAUUAGAAGUCCUUCUCGUCCUGGUGGUAAAAGACGGGAAUAAAAACAGUCUAAUGCUGUCUGGCACUCCCCUCUCUGGUAGCUUAACGUUUGAUGUCGUCGUUAACACGGACUUUGUUGUCGGUGUCACCAGAUUGACCAUCGGCUAUCACACCAUUACGGCCAAUGGCGACUUUCUCGCCCUGAUCAUUGGCAUUGAUGACGGCGAGAGUUAUAGCUUCCCUCUUGGUAUGGACCUAAAAGACCCGGACGAGACUCUGCCGUUGUCCACUUCCAUCCCUGGGUGUUCCUCCCUGCCGGUAACGUCUUCCUCAUCAGAAACACCGAGUUCGUUGACUACAUCGAACAACGUCGCACCAAUGACAGACGACCCCACUACAAAACCGUCAGAGAUUACAACUGAAAGCACCUUGCCAACAACAGUGGUAUCCGGGCCCACUACGAAUCCGUCAGGGUUGACAACAAAAAACACCAGGCCAACAACAGCAGUACCCGGGCCCACUACUAAUCCGCCAGAAUCUACAACAAAAAUCAUCGAGCCAACAACAGUGGUACCCGAACAUACUUCUGCGCUCCCAAAGUUUAACAUGACGUCAUCAACAUCAUCAGUCACAUCUAUCAGUACUGAAACCACGAUCCUACCGCCAAGUAACAUCACGUGCCCGCGUUCUUGUGUUGUUUGCACUGCUGCUCUAACAAACACAAACGGACGAGGAUGGAAUGCAAAUAUAUUGGAGCUGAUGGUAGUAAAUCGGAAAACCACCUCCAGGUACUUACGAACGCUGACUUCAGCACAGGACGAUCGGUUAUCGGUCGUGAUUACAGGAUCGGUAGGUGGCGCUAUUUUAGUAGGUCUAUUUUUGGGAAUAGUAGCUUUGGAUAUAGAUAAUCUUGUCAUUAUGAUCAAAUUGUUCCGGGGAAAGGUCACAGUUCGGCAAACACGUCGAAGUUCAAACAAAAGAAAAGAAAUGUAUAAAACAACCUGGUGUUAGUGACAGGUUUAAUUAAGUUCAGUGUGUAUAAACAAUAUUCUAUGUGACAAAUAUCCAAUUAAACAUAAAUAUAUUUGUUAUUGAUUUGACAAUAUGUCUGUGAAACAUGUCCAUGACGACCUGUAUGAGAGGUCAUGGCAUUUUUAUUCCAAUGGAGCCGGACUCGCUCAGUGGUGUAGCUGUAGUCCCUGUAUAUGCUUCAAUUUCUGUUUUAUAUUACGUGUGGUGUUUCGUGGUAAUUGUCUGUUUUGUGAGAAAAUAAAAGAACAAGGCUUUAUACAUUUUUAUA